AUGCUGAGCUUCCUGCGCAGGACCUUUGGCCGGCGGUCGAUGCAGCGCUACGGGCGGGGAGCGGCUGCUGGGCGCGGGGCCGGCGGGCUGGGAGACGAGCGGGACGGGGGUCCCCGGGGGGCCUCUUCGGCUCCCCUGCCCGCUGCCCCCGGGGGCAGCGUGUUCCCCCCCGGCGGCGGGCCCGUGCUCACCGGCGGAGCUGCGGUCCACAUCCCUGCGGCCGGAGCGGGCAAGGCGGCUCUCUGUUGCCGGGUCUUCCUGCUUGAUGGGACCGAAGUGAGCGUGGACCUGCCGAAACAUGCCAAAGGCCAGGACUUGUUUGAUCAGAUUGUGUAUCAUUUGGACCUUGUGGAAACAGACUACUUUGGCCUCCAGUUCCUAGAUUCUUCCCAGGUCACACACUGGCUGGACCAUUCAAAACCUAUUAAGAAACAAAUGAAAAUUGGAUCUGCUUAUGUUUUGCACUUUCGAAUUAAAUACUAUUCUUCAGAACCGAAUAACCUUCGAGAAGAGUUUACAAGGUACCUGUUUGUAUUACAACUCAGGCAUGACAUUCUUUCAGGAAAAUUGAAAUGCCCAUAUGAGACUGCUGUGGAGCUAGCUGCCCUGUGUCUUCAAGCGGAACUUGGGGAGUGUGAACUUCCGGAGCACACGCCUGAACUGGUGUCUGAGUUCCGAUUUAUUCCAAAUCAGACUGAGGCAAUGGAGUUUGAUAUCUUCCAGAAAUGGAAAGAGUGCAGGGGGAAGAGCCCUGCACAGGCUGAGCUUUCCUAUCUGAACAAAGCAAAAUGGUUAGAAAUGUAUGGAGUAGACAUGCAUGUAGUUAAGGGAAGAGAUGGCUGUGAAUAUGCUCUUGGUCUAACACCAACAGGGAUAUUAAUCUUUGAAGGAGCUAACAAAAUAGGUUUAUUCUUUUGGCCCAAAAUCACUAAAAUGGAUUUUAAAAAGAGCAAAUUAACUCUUGUUGUCGUAGAAGAUGAUGACCAGGGGCGAGAGCAAGAGCACACAUUUGUUUUCCGAUUAGAUAGCUCACGGACCUGCAAGCACCUCUGGAAAUGUGCGGUUGAGCAUCAUGCGUUCUUCAGAUUGAGGACACCAGCAAAUAAUAAAUCCAAUAGAUCAGACUUCAUAAGGCUAGGAUCACGAUUUAGGUUCAGUGGGAGGACAGAGUAUCAAGCCACUCAUGGGGCUCGGUUACGAAGAACCAGUACAUUUGAAAGAAGACCUAGUAAACGGUACCCAUCACGGAGACAUUCAACUUUUAAAGCAAACAACCCAGUGAAAGCAGCCCAGCUAUGCUCCAAAAAUAAUCCAGAAGUUCACAAUUACCAGAUGCAAUACCAUCCUAAUAUACAUCCUGGACAACAACAGUGGCAUCCUCAUUCUCCAAAUGUAAGGCCAUCAUUUCAGGAUGAGAGGUCACAUUGGAAACCACCCACAAGUGAAGAUGACCACAGUUUGCAUUAUGUCCACAACCAGAACCAGAAGAAUUUAGGAGGAAUACAGAGUAUGAGUUUGAUGUAUCAAGAUAAAGUUAUGACAGCCCUUUGAGACUCUUCAGAUCUCCCCGACCAUCCUAGUCUCAUCACAUUCCAUGAACAUUGUCUGUCUUUGCAUUAUCUGAGUUUGUGUUGUAAAAAAAAUGCCUGUAGCUUAUAUUUGAUUGGCCUUUCUUGAUAGUCUUGAAAGGUCUUUUCAGCCUUUUUAUAAAUAUCUGAAAAUAGCCCAUGGUAGCUAGUCAUAAAUCACUGUUUACGACAUUCCAAAUAAAAUGAAGCUAGUUCAAGGCUCAGGAAUAAUUUUUGUUGUUCCAAUUUUAAAUUUGGAAGUAAAAGUGUAUGUUUAUUUUUAUUGUGCAGCAAAUAUAGAUGUAUAUCUUUGUUAUUUAAUUGAUGGGACCAAGCAAAGCUAGGAAAGAUUGGUGUAAGAGCAUGGUAUAAUAAAAAGACCCCUGAGCUGAAGGGUCAAGAAA